AUGCCGGUUCACCUGGUUCUGCGGCGUCCGUCUCCGACGACCGUGUCAUUUACUGUUUCCAACGCAUCCAAGCAUACGAGCACACCUGCUAGAGUGCUUUUCUACCUCCAGAUCUUGCUGCGCGCUCUCGUCUUUCUCUGCAUAGUCUUCUGUGACAUUGCGAAAGUGCGCCACUCGUUCUUUCACGAAGAUGGUUCCCUCGUGCGAUGGACGGCGGUCUGGUCGAGCCCGUUGGGUUCUUUUGUCUGUCGCAUUGUGGAUGCAUAUAGGAAGGGGUAUACAGAAGAAUCUCUUUUGGUUAUCCGCGGGUUGGGCAUCCAGACUUCUACUUCAUCUGCGACCUAUCUGUCUAAAGCUGCAACGAGAUUCAUCCCCACGACGCAGAUCCAAGAUAUAGUGAUCCAUGAAGCUUUUAAAGGGUUCGAAGUCCGCUUUUACCUCGCUGUGAUUGUGGAGGGUGAGCCGGACGUUGUUGUGGUUUUUCCUAAACUUCUACCGAGACGCGCAAUUCUGGAAGAGGUUUGGAGGGGUUCUCGGCGCUGUUUAUAUGAAGCCAAAUCAUGA